AUGUCGAUCGGUGUGAAUAUACGCGUGACGGCCCACACUUCCAUCGGUGGGCGCAAAUAUCAAGAGGAUUUCUUUUCCGUCGCCUACCAGCAGACCCAGAACGACCAAAACCUGGAGUAUGCGUUCUUCGGUAUCUACGACGGACACGGCGGCGCGGAAGCGUCCCUCUAUGCGAAGGAGCACCUGAUGAACACCAUCGUCAAUCAGAAACUUUUCUGGUCCGAGAACGAUGCGGAUGUGCUGAAAUCGAUUCGCGAAGGUUACAUCCAGACGCACUAUGCCAUGUGGCGUGAGCAAGCUAAAUGGCCAAAAACUUCGUCCGGAUUGCCGAGCACGGCGGGGACCACUGCGAGCAUAGCAUUUAUCAGGCGUGGCAAGAUAUACAUCGGUCACGUCGGCGAUUCAGGUAUCGUGUUGGGUGCCCAGCGGGACAGGGACGGUGCAUCCGCAUCAGGGGGUGUCCCUCACGAGCAGGAUAGUCGUUGGGUGGCUACAGCACUAACGGAGGAUCACAAACCGGAAAGCUACGCCGAGAAAAUGCGCAUCAUGAGCUGCGGCGGAAAAGUGGUAGCGAAAUCGGGCGUAUCGCGUGUGGUGUGGAAUCGGCCACGGAUCGGACACAUGGGUCCCGUGCGGCGAAGUACACCGAUCGAUGAAAUCCCGUUUCUGGCCGUGGCGCGCAGUUUGGGGGAUCUGUGGAGUUACAAUUCGGCAGUCGACGAAUUCGUCGUCAGUCCAGUGCCUGAUGUUUCGGUGAUUAAAAUAGACCCGAAAAAAUUCCGGUGUCUUAUCUUCGGUAGCGAUGGACUGUGGAACGUGCUAUCGCCAAAGAAUGCGGUCGAGUUGGUGCGAAAUACGGAGAUGGAAAACGUCCGGAUUGCGCUGGAAGGCAGAAAUGAGUGGAAAAACCCGAGCAAACUGCUUGUGAAUGAAGCCCUGCAACGAUGGAGCAGAAUCAACAUGAAAGCGGACAAUACGUCCGUCGUGAUUAUUAUGCUCGAUCCUCCCGGGCCACCGAAGCGGGAUGUGUUGCGAUCGGUAAAAAAUACUAUCCCGUACGUGACCGAAUACCAUCGCCCACCGGCUGAUGCUGACGGUGCAAACGAAGCAUCGUCGCAUGCCAAAAAUAGUAACAUCGUCGAACUAGUCGAUUGCAUUACGCGAGGAGAAGCGAUUCCAGUGCAAUCGGAUCGUCCAAGCGAGCGUUAUCACAAUCAACACCAUCACCAGCACACAACUCUGCACAACUAUCAUCAGCCAGCUGUUGAACAGUACGUCCCUUCUACCUCGUACCAUGAUCUUUCUUAUACCACGGAUAGCUUUGCCGAGUCGUACAACUCGCUGUUGGAUCGUAGUUUUGAAAACACGGACCAUUCUUACACCACGAUGUACGCGCCGACGGAAGCGGCAAAGGUGAACCAAGGAUCCUACCAUCGUACGGAGGACACGUCGGAUCCGAGCUACUCGCUGACAAACCUGCAAACGAAGUCGGAACGAUUGCAAGCGGAACUGGACGACACGACGGCAGGCAGCUGCUCGCGUGAUGCUUAUUAUCGUCAGCGGCUUGGUGAUGUUUUCUGUGAAGGAAAUAUUUCCAUCAUCGAACACUUUCAUAACUAUCACCAUCAGUACGAGGAGACGAGUACAGAUUUGGCCAUUAGCGAUGAAGAACCAAUUCAGCAUCCAGAAGUUCUUCACGCUCAUCAUCAUCACCCGGAUCAACCGUUAUAUCAGAUGGAAACGGCACAGGGUUACGAUUCUGAGGAACAUGCCCAUUAUGAAGCUACCCAUUCCCAAGAAAAGCACGAGGAGGAACACCAUUCAGCUGCUUUUCAGAUGGAACGGUACGAUUAUCGAUUAACGCCGACGAAUAAUAAUGGGCUUGUGAUGCCCCACUGUCAGCUACCGGCCAGGGGGGAAUCAAAGUUGAGCCACGAACCACAGCACGCCUACCCUGCGUAUCAAGAACUAUCGAACGAUGAGAACCAAACGGUGGACACUUUCAUGUGGCAACAUGAAGAAAACAAAGAAGAUUCAUCCACUUCCCGUGUGACUUCGCGCGGUGCAGAUGGCACGAUGCCGAAGCCCCGAAUAAAGAAAAAGUCCAUCUCCGGCCAGCCAAUCGUAACGAUCUAUGAAACUCGCAGCAGCCAACGGAGGGCACGGAGAAGUAACGCGGUACCCACUAGGAGGAAACCAGGCAAAUCCAGAACUCCUAGAAGACGAAAGGUGCAUCCCAAGUGCCGCAAAAUACACGUCACCACGUCUGCCAUUGCGCGAUCGACAACGUCCAAGGUCGUUGUUCGCACUUCUUUGAUGGAACGGCGGGUUCUGCGUUCGAACGAUGGACUUUCGUCGAAGGCGCCAGCUCCACACAGUUCCACCAAUGUGGCGCAACAUUUGCGAUCAUCAUGCCGAUCAACAGCCGUCGGUCAACAUCGACAAUUAGUAAUGCUGACCACCUAUAGUGGUGGCGUUAGCUCCAAGUUCGAUCGCAAACAUCCGACACAAGACGAACGCAAUGGGCGGACUGGAGGAGACCAAAGGGGCCCGAAAUUGGCUGCUCGAAAGUCUCUUCCCACCGAAGAAGGAAGCUUAUCGGAGAGAAAGCGUAAAGCAACUACAGAGUCAACGGAAACGGCGAAAAGGAUGCGGCAAAGGAUGACACCAACUAACCGGUCGUUUCGCUGCGCUCAGUGAACCGUGGGAAGGAUCGAUACAAAUCAAUCGAGCUCUAUCGCUCCGGUGCGACCUUCGACGUGUCGUAGAAGAAGGGCUGUGAUCAAAACCUGCUUUCUUCAUCCUUUCACCACGUUUUACUUUGUUGCACUCACAUUCGUCUGCUAUCUGAAGCGCGAAUCAUAUUAUUGGUACACUUAUUGAUGUCUGAAUCAUUGCUCUCGAUAUCAUUUUCAGUACGUGCAAUAACGGAAAGUCACGAUGACUCCUGCUUAGCUUGUGCUUUCGUUUAUCGAUUGUAUUUGCAAGUUCUACAAUUCAAAAUACAUCUUUCGAUUGUUCGCAUAUAAUGUUUGUGAUCUUUUUUAGCCUUUAUUAUUUCAAUUUAACGUGUUUCGUGUGUACAACUUUAUUUCUUAGCACAAUUUUUUAAUAUCUGUUUUUAAACGUUUGGGGGGAAAAUGUGUUUUUGUGAGUUAGCAAAUAUUUUUCUUUUGUUUUUCAUAUAUGUAAUUUAUCAUUUUAUUUGUUCCGCUAGAUCGUAAGUGAACAAACAAGAAAAAGCUCGAACGAAUGUUAGUUAGAUGUUAACUAUACAAGUUUGUUUUUUUUUAUCAUUUGUGCCUUCGGUUUUGGUUCCAAAUACAAAAUUUCUCAUCAUGUAAGGAGUCCCUUAUUUUCCCACUCUACAACUGAUAACGUUCAAAUGAAUGGUCCGCCCGAACGAGACCUCUGUGUGUUAGCAAAUGUUUGAUCAAAGCACGGUAGAUUCCUUGUUUCGUUUUAGUUCAUAAAGUGCCUAUUGUGGAUCCGAAGGGAACCUAGCAAUAUCCAAAAGAGAAAAAAAAUACACCAUUUUGAUUUCUUCAGAUUCAAGAUUUAUUUUACGAUUCCGUACAGCUUCAUGACCGAGGGUACAUUUUUCUCUUCUCCCAAAACAACACCAUGGCUUGAUUCUGUACUAAAUACGCGAUUAAUUACACCAAAAACUAGCAAAAAUUUUCACUUCUAGAAGUAGAUUUAAGUUGAUAGUCGUGCUACGGCUCCGAAACGAACUGUUCUUAGGUGGCGUGAAAGCUUCUUUCGAACUGUGGUCAACAUGCUAAACAAAGUUUAAGAGAAAAGUGUUUUUGGUUUCUAUUUUUAUUGUAGGAAAAUAAAUAUUUUGAACUAUACAGUAC